AUGAGAAGUGGAGAAAACGCGCUUCAAAGUUCACCAAGCGCCUGCAAACCUGCUCGGCGCUCCCUUGCUUUCAUCUCUGUAUCUUCGAAAAUACUUCGAAUUGGCUUCUGAAAUUUUUGUGGAAACCCCCUUAACGGAAAGAUCCUCCCUAGGGUUGAUCUUCAUGACGACGCCAUCCCACAAGCACCCUAGGCGCAGUACUUGGGUCUGGUCCUGGAAUCAGUAUACAACGAAUGUUGCAGCCUUGGUAAUAAAAUGUUUAAAUCGAUUGUUACGCCUUCUAUGAUAUACUGCAUCCAAUUCUGGGGCAUGGCUUCUGACUCGAACGUUAUGAAGGUCCAAAGAGUCCCAAAACGAGCGCUGCGCUUGAUUGCUAAUGCCCCUUGGUACAUUAGAAACAAUGCUCUGGCAAGUGACCUCCACAUUCCCUCUAUCAGGGAGCAGAUCAACCGGCACUCGAGCAUGUAUAAUGAACACCUCACAGCUCACACCAAUUGCUAAUCGGUUUCCUUGGCCAACACGACGAUCAGAAGAAGACUCAAACGAAGACAUCCCGCCGAUAUCUGGAGAAAAGGAAGACAUACUUUUGGCGUCCUAAAGCAUUAAACUAGUAUUGUUCACAUAAAAAAAUUGUUAAUUCCCUGUCUGCUAUGUGCCAUGUUAUUUUCUGUUCGUCAUAAUAAUCAACGUUUUAUAACCAUUAAGUUUGCUGAUCAACGUUAAUAUAAUUUUUAAUGUUAUGCUAAGAAAAAAGCUUUUUCAGGAGAACACUUUAAACCGGUGAUCUUCUCCGAUGAAAAUAAGUUCAAGCUUUUAUUUAAUAGUUUUAGUGUUAGUGGUCAAACCUAUUCAGUUGUUUGGGAACGAGACACCCUGUAUUGGGUUUCGCUCUCUUUGUUUUUGAUCGCCGCUGCCGGCGGCCUUAUCAGCGGUCGCUAAGCGAGCAGCGCAUCGCUGCACAUGCGCGCGAGCUUCUGCCCAGUAAUUUUCCAUUCAUUUCUAACUCCUAACUGUAACUUGUUUACGUCUUCGACUAGCAUAAUCGAAUGACGUGCAUAGCCAAAGCUUAAUCAGUCACAUUUUUGCUCUCAAUGCAAUCAAACGCAGCGCGGUCGACAAUAUUAAAUGUAAUUGUUCGGAAAUAAAUAAAAUCAUAUUAAACAGUAUACACUAGGGCGGAUUCAUUUAUAAACAUUCCGGAAACUGGUCCUUCGAGCCGGAUUCGCCAAAACUGUUUAUUUUCGGUCAAUUAAUUUAAUUAUUGAGGUUUUUGUCAACGGUGAUCUAUAGUUUUCAAAAUCGUAUAGAGUCGUUAUCUUUUCGCGAUCGCCAUGCGGAGUGUGAUUCAACAACGGGGCUUUUGUAAAAGCCAAAUCACACGGGCGCAUAAUAAUGCCCUAAAAUUUGUGGAUGACAUUCAAUCAGUGGAUACAAUUGUGGUGCGCCUGUCUCAAAUCCAAGACAAUUAUUUGCGGUUUGUGCGACAUUCGGAAGAGCUGUACGCCUUCCAAUCGGAGUCGGAUUGGGAGAAUCCGGACGACGAUUUUGAUGCCUAUGAGGAGAAACAUUACGCUACACACGCAAUUCUAAGCAACACUCUGGAGGAGUUACGGCGUGAUCAAACGUCUAACAAUAUUUUGGCCACUGUGCAACCAGCAGAUGCGCCCCAGAGAAGCCAUGUGGAUUUCCAGUUCGAGCGAAUCAAACUCCAAACUUUUUCCGGGAAUUAUGAGGACUGGAAACAUUUUUCGGGUAUGUUUACGGACUCGAUUGCUUCCAAUUCGAGCCUGACGGAUUGUCAACGAUUUCAUUAUCUCAAAUCGUACCUAUCCGGAGACGCGCUUAAUUUAGUCAAACAUAUUCCUGUGACUAAUGAGAACUAUCGGGAGGCAUGGGAUCGGCUUGAGCAGCGAUAUAACAAACAAUCGCUAAUUAUUCGAUCAUUCCUCAACAGUUUCAUGACCCUUCCCAGUGCUACGUCUUCUAAUCUCAGCACAGUGCGGAAGCUGGCCGAUGGCGCAGAUGAAGUUAUUCGUGGUUUGCGAGCCCUUGACUGCGAAGAGAGGGAUCCUUGGCUAAUCUUCAUCCUAUUGUCAAAAUUGGAUACCGAUACUUGCCAAGCUGACCAUCAACCAAUUCCUUAAAUUUCUCACCUCUCGCUGCGAUACUUUGGAGGCUUUUCACUUAGUGCGACCAACCCAAGCUCGACGCGCAGCCACAACGCACCACGCAGAUACGCAUCCUAGACGAGAAGAACCCAAAUGCACAUCGUGCCAGCUAAAUCAUCAACUGUUCAAGUGUCCUCAGUUCAACGGACUCGACAUCACAGCUCGCCGGGAGUUUCUCAAGACGAAAAAGCUAUGUUUCAAUUGCCUCAGCCCAAGUCACAUGGCGGGUAACUGUACAUCGAGACAUACUUGUCGGAUUUGUCGCCGCAAGCAUCACACCCUGGUUCACCCUGGCUCGGCGCAGCCAACUCAAAAUGGUAACUACUUGGAGAGAGCCCGUAUGGACAGCCGCGAUCGUCCAUCAACCUCACAAGCGGCAUCUACAAUCGGCCAGAAUCAACCGCCUGGUCAAGAGAUUCAUGAAUCAGGCAGGUUCGCAGACUCUGUUGCCAACCAUCCUUGCAGACGUCGUCGACGCCUGGGGAAAUACUACAACCUGCAGGCUGCUCUUGGACACUGGGUCCACAAUCACCUUAGCGUCGGAAUCAUUUGUCCAGCGAAUAGGCGUACGUCUAACGCACGCCCAUCGAUGUCAUCGUUGGAUCAGAUCAACUCUGGUCUCUGUAUACUGGAGAACAAAAAUGCUUUGGUAACGACGCUCCUAUCCCUCUGAAUACUGUUUUUGGUUGGAUUAUUGCAGGCUCUUACAAUGCAUGCGAUCAUCACCAGACUUUAGCCGUUACUCAUCACGCGGACCUAGACACGAUGGUUCGUUCUUUCAUGGAGAUGGAUAAUAUACAGCCUAGCCAGGCUCUUUUGGACGACAACGAUCCCACAGAGCGUCAUUGUGCUGCCACCCACACGCGCUUGGAGAACGGGGUUUACGUCGUCGAGUACCCCUUCAAGGAGCAUGCGCCGCCUGUUGAUUCAACUUUACCGCAGGCCAUCAAUCGCUUUCUCUCGCUGGAAUGCAAAUUUCGUCGAUCUCCAGACUUGAAGCAGCAAUACGAAGCAUUUCUGGACGACUACUUGCGACGUGGUCAUAUGGAACAGCUGACAUCGGCUCAAAUGGAUGAGUCCCCAGACACCUGCUUCUAUCUGCCGCACCACGCUGUCAUCAAACUGGACAGUUUGACUACGAAAUGUCGCGUAGUUUUCGAUGGAUCGGGAAAAGACAGCUCUGGAGUGUCUCUCAAUGAUCGACUUCAAAUUGGCCCGCCCAUUCAACGCGAUCUUCUCGGCGUUUGUUUACGUUUCCGGCAGCACCCAUAUGUUUUCUGCGCGGAUAUCGAGAAGAUGUUCCGAGGAAUUCAAGUCUUCAAGCCGCACACCAAUUUUCAGCGCAUUGUUUGGCGCAAGAACGAGAAUGAACCACUGCUUCAUUUUCGCCUACCUACGGAUUGGCGCCGUCACCAUUUCUGGCUGUUCGAGUUCUCAAGCAACUAGCUGAGGAUCACCGCCACGAGUUCCCCGCUGCAGCCCACGCGCUUCUACACGACGCUUAUGUAGAUGAUAUCCCAACAGGGUGCAACUCAUUCGACGAGCUCAUGAUUCUCAAAAACGAGCUGAUUCAACUGUUGGAUAAGGCGCAAUUCAAACUACGGAAAUGGAGUUCCAACAGUUGGCGUCUUCUAAAGUCAUUGCCAGAAGAGGACCGCUGUUAUGAGCCUAUCCAGCUCCUCAACAAAUCAGCUGCGGAUUCACCAAUCAAAAUUCUUGGCAUCCAAUGGAAUCCCGGAAAGGACGUCAUGUACCUCAAUCUCAAGGAGUGCGAUCCGACCAUUUCUCCGACGAAAAGGGAACUCUUGUCGCAGCUAUCAAGAAUUUAUGACCCGCUUGGAUUGGUAGCGCCGGUCACAGUUCUACUCAAGCUCAUCUUCCAAGAAAGCUGGACAAGUGUUCUGCAAUGGGAUGACCCGAUUCCUGAAACUCUACGCUCGCGCUGGAAGGCCUUGGUGGAGGAUUUGCCGACACUUACGCAGUGUCAAGUACCACGAUACAUUGCGUCACCAUUCCAAGACGUUCAACUACACGGAUUCGCCGACGCAUCCGCGCACGCGGAUUUCAAAUUUUUUCAAAUAACCCUAGUUGCUGCCAAAACCCGUGUAGCCCCGAUCAAGCCUGUUUCGAUCCCACGUUUGGAACUGGAUGCUGCUUUACUUCUUUCUCGAUUGCUCUCGAUUGUCAAAGCCUCACUAACGAUUCCUAUUUUCAGCACGAGCUGCUGGACAGAUUCAGAAAUUGUGCUACACUGCACUAUGGGGAAUUUUGCCAUUUCCGUGGUAUUUAGUCAUUUUAUCAAACUUUAAAUAUUUGAGUUUUUUUUAUGUAAACAUAUUAAAAAUAUAUGGCUCUAUAAAAUGCAGUACCAGAAAUGUUAAUUAACAGUGCACUGUUAAGCCUAUCCACUGUUAAAGUCGGCUGUUUUAGCCAAAAUGCACGUGAUUGAAAAUAGCUAUUUUUUAUUCGGUUACUUUGAAAGUGAAAAACUUAAAAGUAGAACCAAUUUUUGAUUAAAGUUUUGAUGGAGACCAAUCGUACUGGUAAUUAUUAUGUGUAGUGUGUACUAAUAUAUUGAUCUGUGCGUGUCUUACAGAUAUAUUGCGAUUUUUCUAAGUGUUCCUCUAAGAAAAUUUUUUUGAGAAAAUAUUUAACUUUAAAGAGACAUAUAAAAAAUAUAUGUCUUUGUAUUGCUGUACGUCCGAUAUAUGUUGUAGAGGCAUUCAUUCUAAAUAAAAGGCAAUUUUUCUCAAUGUGCACAAAUCCGCACAAUCUGCGUAAUUUAAUUUUUUUUUGCAGGUCUUUUCGAGCAAAUUUUACCAAGAAAAAACCAUUUUCCAAGUUAAUUACAUAUAAAUAUUAAUGUCUCAAAUCAUUUUACCAGUUUAAAAGGCAAAAGCUAAUUUUUUUGCAUUAAUGUAAGUGCCAAAUGGAAGUUAUUAGCGAAUUUGAAGGCCUGGACCUCUUUUAUGAAGAAAUUGAAUAUGAAAAUUACGUUUUUU